UCUAAGCGAGCAGAAAGAGCGGAGGAGGCUUUGGGGCGUCAGGGAGCGCAGAGAUCCAGAGAUCCCGACUUCCCGAGAUAAUAAGGUGUUUUAAAAGUCUGCUCCGCCACGGCUGCGGUUGUUGAAAGUGUGAAAGCCCGGUCUCCGGCGGAUUCUUCUCUGGGGCGAUGCUGGAGGCGAUAAAAGUGACCGAGCAACUCCACUGGCCUGAGACUGAGAUGGCUAAGAAGUUUGUGCUGAGUCCAUCAGAGAAGCCACUGAGCCCCAGUCAGCUAUACCUCGAGCGCUGGUCUCCAGGUGUGUUAAAGGACCUGUUUGGGACCAGCAGCUACAAUGGUAUUCUUCAGAACGAGGAGGAGGAACACCAGAGCCCCAAGGGCUCACCCUAUAGACGACCCAAAAGAACACAGCGCCUUGUUUCUGCAGCCUCAAGACAGCCUGGUGUGAGGCCUAUAGUGUUAAUCAGACCCAAGGGGGGUUACAGGGACAGCAACCAAUCACAGAUCUUCUCCAGCAGCACACGGUUGGGAAAUAAUAUCACAGUUCUCGGAAAUCCUAUCAGUCUGACCCCCCGUCCAAUCAGCAGGCCAAUAAGAAUUUCUCAAGCAAGCUCAUCUCGCAUCAAACUCCCCCUGCUGGCUGGUGAAAACACGGCGAAGAAGCUGUGCAUCCUCGCUGCCAUCAAACCCUCCAACGUCGAGAGCGAGAAGACGCGCUUCUUCAAGUCAGACUUCAUCUACAACCCUCAGUUUGAAUACAGUAACCCAGUGGCUCCACAGGUGCUGGAAAAGCACAACAAUGCCUCUGACCGCUUCCUCACACAGGCGGUGCGGAUCAUGGAGCUGGCGCUGCAGAAGUACGGGAACUAUGAGAAGUUUGAACAGGCCACUGGAGGAAACCUGCUGACCAAGAGCCGAAUCUGGUCCCACGUCAAGAAGUACAUGGAGAAAGAGGGCUGUGUGGGAGAGCAGAUUGUGGUGCACCUGACUGAUGACCUGUUAUCCAGAGCCUCCAUGACUGUAGUGAACGGCAGACCGACACUGACUAUCAACAUCUCCACAGCCAGAGAGCAGUGGCUGGAGGGCAUGCUGAGACACGAGAUCGGCACGCACUACUUCCGGGGGAUCAAUAACAGCCAGCAGCCUUGGAGCAGUGGGGCAGGGCGGAAGAAGCUUGGUCUGCGACCCCUGAACCCCACAGAGGAGGGACUGGCGAGUAUCCACAGUGUUCUGUUCCGCAGGGACCCCACGCUGUGGCGGGCCGCGCUGCUCUACUACACCGUCUACCAGGCCGGCCACAUGAGCUUCUGUCAACUGUUCCGCGACCUGGGACGCUUUGUUCAUGACCCAAACACGCGCUGGGACUACUGCGUCCGGGCCAAACGGGGCCAGACCGACACCUCACAGCCAGGCUGUUUCAGUAAAGACCAGGUUUAUCUGGAUGGAAUUCUGAAGAUCCUUAGGCACAGAGAGAAGAUCGACUUUCAGCUCCUCACUGCACUGGGCAAGGUGUCCUAUGAGGAUAUGGAGAGGCUGAAGGGUUUGGCCGUGAUGGAGCACGUGCGGAUCCCUCACUUCCUGCAGGACCAGAGCCGUUACUCAGAGCAGCUGCGGAAGAUCAUGGAGGUCAACCGCCUGACGGACGAGGAGCUCCGCACACUCAUCUGAGCUCACAUACAAACCUGCCUGAUUAUCACACGCGCCCAGGUGUCCUAUGGUGGCAAACCCUGCAUCUCUCAGCCUCCACCCAGCCUGCAAGUGACACACCUUGAACCCAAGUGUACUUUAGCUGUUUUUGUCCAAAGAUUAAUACGAUAACACUUUCUAUGAAUGUCACCCUUGUAAGCAUCUAUAAACACAUUCAUAACAUGCUGUAAUUCAUUCA